UGCUCGAUUUGGACGAGGCACAACUCCUCAAUAACACGCACAAUGGGAAAUAGGGGAGGUAGAGGCAACGGACAGAUGUGUGAUGCGCUAACUUAACCGUGGGUUAUUUCACAUAUCAACAUAAACUUUCAUUUGCCCUCUCUCCGACGCAGCUUCUUUGAAUAGGCUGAGCUAUUGAUACUCGCUAGACCUGCGUUUUAUAUUGUUUUGCUGCCAGCACUGAUGCAGCGGUGGAUCUUUUUUCGGGAAUGGGGGUGAUACUCAAUAGAUAGAUCCUGUUGAAUUGAGACAAGACAACGUCGAGACGCGUCCAAAAAAGUGUCAUCCCUCGAGUGCAAUCGAACACAGAUGUAUAGGUGAUAUGUUCGCCGGUUGGAUACGUCGAGGGAUUUUAAUAUUCCCAAAACAAGAUGCGAAAUUGGGCAAACCAAGGAAUUGCAUCCUCACCUACAGCACAUUUUGUAAGGUGCUAAAACGAUUUCGUUCGGCCUUUAUCAAAUGUAAGGAGAAUGUCUAAAUGAAUGAAGCUGCUGAAGACGUCAGCGGAAUAAAGUCAUUCAGAAUCACUGAAGGUGUACAGGAUUAAAGGGCCGGUUUUCUCAUCACCUAAGAUGGCAACCAGGAGGGACCACGAAAAGGCAAAAAUGCCGUAUUUCUGCAAGUACUCACACUGGAGUUAACCACCUGAGGGACACAUGAGGUCGUUUUGUGAAUAUAUUGUCCAAUAUCUGGUGAUUUAAUAGGCUAUACAUUUGAAAAGCAUUUAAGGCCUACACGUUCACAGCCUAUAUUCACUUGGCUGUAAUAAUGAUGUCAUAAAAUAUGAGUUCGUUUACAAAAAUAUAGUCAUGUGUUUUAUGUCAACGACAACGUGAACUGUGUUCCAAAAAUGGACCUUUAAUUACACAUUCUUAACUCACCUACGCCUCACUGAAUAACAGGUGCCUGCUAUCUGUCAAAGCAGGAUCAACCAACCUGUGCGCCCUUUGCUACAACUUGUUACUUUCCAUUGGCCUACACGAGUCGUCGCUAAAGGGACCAUAUCAUUCCCUGGGAACUGAAUUUACACCCUCCUCAAAAUGGAGUUUGCCAUGAUAGGUUCAGAUAAUGGGUGCAAAACUCGACUGCCUUACGGGUAUGCUCGCGCACGGGAAAGGGAGCACGAAAGGGAGAGACAGGUACAGCAGGCAACAGCCGCUGCUGAAGGUGCAGCAACUGGAGAGGGAGGGGAGUCCUCUGGCCAUCUCCUUAACAACCACCAGCAGCAUCAGUCUCGCACCGCCUCCUCAUCAAAUGCCAACAACAGUAGCGGCAGUACCGCCUCGCGCCCCUCCUCCUCGCAACAGCCACAGCAGCACCACCAUGAGUCUGAGCAGCAGGUUCUCAGAGAAAGGAAAAAGCAACGCGGCGUAGGACGUUGGAGAAGGAGUCGCCAGACUCUCGGUGGGGACUUGCGCCACUCGGAGUUGGCGCUACUUGGAUCCGAGGAGGAUAUGAUAGAGGAGGACGAGGCGGAAGGCGGAGAAGAGGAGGACGGGGGAAGCAAGAGUUCCAGUUUUCUCUGUAAUAUGGAUGAUGAAGAGACUCUCUCACUCACAGAUAGACGUCCCCAAUCAGGAUACGAAAAUGUUUACAGUGAGUAUGGGUGCUGCGAAAGAGUUGUUAUUAAUGUGUCCGGACUAAAGUUUGAAACUCAACUUAAGACUCUCACACAGUUUCCUGACACUCUUUUGGGAGACCCGGACAAACGAAUCAGGUACUUCGACCCUCUAAGGAACGAAUAUUUUUUUGACAGGAACCGACCAAGCUUCGAUGCCAUUCUUUAUUAUUACCAGUCGGGGGGGCGAUUGAAGAGACCGCAAAAUGUACCUUUUGACAUCUUCUCUGAGGAGGUGAAAUUCUAUGAACUUGGGGAGGAGGCAAUGCUGAAGUUUCGGGAGGAUGAGGGUUUUGUCAAAGAGGAAGAGAAACCCUUACCAGAGGACGAGUUCAAACGCCAAGUUUGGCUUCUUUUUGAAUACCCAGAGAGUUCACAACCUGCGAGAGGGAUUGCAGUCGUGUCCGUUUUAGUCAUCGUUAUAUCAAUAGUCAUUUUCUGUAUGGAAACGUUGCCAGAGUUCAGGGACGAAAAAGAAUACCUUAAACCACGAGAUAAUUCGACAGAACCCCAUGGACAGACCCCUUUUAACGACCCAUUUUUCAUUGUGGAGACGGUAUGCAUUAUUUGGUUUUCAUUUGAGAUUAUAGUGCGCUUCUUUGCAAGUCCAAGUAAAACGGAUUUCUUUAAAAACAUUAUGAAUACUAUAGACAUUGUAUCCAUUUUGCCUUAUUUCAUCACGCUCGGCACAGAUCUUGCUCAACAGCAAGGCAAAGGGGACCAGGCAAUGAGUUUUGCAAUCUUGAGAAUAAUCCGCCUUGUCAGAGUCUUUCGCAUAUUCAAACUCUCCAGGCACUCCAAAGGACUGCAGAUCCUCGGACAUACCCUCCGCGCCAGUAUGAGGGAACUAGCGCUUCUGAUUUUCUUCCUCGUCAUUGGUGUCAUUUUGUUCUCAAGUGCAGUGUACUUCGCUGAGGCAGACGAACCCGCGUCUCAAUUCACAAGUAUUCCCGACGCUUUUUGGUGGGCUGUCGUCACUAUGACCACGGUCGGAUAUGGAGACAUGAAACCAAUAACUGUCGGUGGGAAGAUAGUUGGCUCGCUCUGUGCCAUAGCGGGUGUGUUAACCAUAGCUCUUCCAGUGCCCGUCAUUGUAUCCAACUUCAAUUACUUCUACCACAGGGAGACUGAUAAUGAAGCGGACUCGCCACCGGUUGUUGAAACCCCACCACCUGCCUGCCCCUAUUUCCCCAACUUUCUAAAGAAAUUCAAAGGUUCCCCCUCAGGCUCUUCGCUGGGUGAUAAAGCGGAGUACAUGGAGAUGGAAGAGGGGGUAACGGAGUCGCUGUGUGGGGUGGACAAAAGCCCGAGUAAAGGAAAUGGGACAGACAUUGGCAGGAAAAACAGUACAAGUUCAAAGUCACAACAGACUGAUGUGUGAUGAUAAAAAAAAAACGAUUAUUCUCGUGAAGAAAGAUAUGCUGUCAAAUCACACACACAUAGGUGGUCAGACUCACUAUAGUGCGCACUUGCGCGCAUACAUACACACACACGCACACAGACAGACAGACGCACACAGACAGACGCACACAUUCUUUAUAUUUAGCUAGAUUUUGGGAAGCUCAAAUAUGGGGUUUUAUUUUGCCAUGUGGCUGCUUAGAGGAAUAUAGGCCUACGGGAAAAUAUACGGCCAAAUCAAAAGCUUUAUAACUAUUAUGACCAAUGUAAUCAGAUGAUAUCAGAUAUAGGCUACCUUUCUGGGCCUGGUAAACCUACAAAUGAAAUCGAAAAUAUUGAAUAGACAGGCUAUGCAUACGCACUUUAUGAGUUUCAUUUGUCAACAAUGGAAGGGGAGAUAUAGAUAUUGUUUUGCUGUUAUGCGAUAAAGUCAAAGUUUAUAGUAGGCCUAGUUUGCACUAUUGUAAAAGCUUGUUUUUGAGUCGCUGACUUUCAAGAGAGAUAGACUUGGAAGUUAUAUUGAGAGACAGAAACUGUUGGCCAUAUGGCAACCUAUACACCCUUUGUUUGACUAAAGAGUAUUGAGAUAUUUUUAUUAUGAACAGAAUCCAUUCUUAUUGCGUUUCAGUGUAGGUCUAACCCAUCUGUGUACACACAACAACAAAAAAUUCAAUAUCGAUCGGAAACAUUGAAAUAGCUAAAUCAUGUGUGAGAUUCUUGAGUAAAUGAGCAUGAUACCUAUUUCGGCAGCACACUGCGGUCAACAAGUGAGACGAUUGGCAAACAACAUUCUUUGCAACGCUUAGGCCUAAAUAAAGCCUUUUAUUGACCAACCACCGAGAUGAAGCACAAGAAUUACAAUAGAUACUCUGCAGACUGACAUGAGAAAUUGCUCCACACUGGCUGUCACGGGAGGCCCUGCACGGAUAUCUUGCGCGACUACAACCCCGUCCCUUUAAAACCACCUCAAACUAACUGACAAUAUCCCUUUACACGGACGUUGACUGAAACCAAUAUGGGAAAAAAUGACUGUCAUCAUGGAAACUUUGGGUUUGUGAACUUUAUCUCUUGUUCGCUGGACCUAGUGCACAGUUCUCCAA